AUGGCUCACCCAUACAUGAAAACAAGGACGCUCCAAGGUCAGUGGGUUUUGGAGAACUCAGACGUUCCUUUGUCAAAGCACGGAAAGCUAUGUGGUAUCUUGAUCCUGUCAAUAGCAAUAUGGAUCCGAGCAAGCAAAGAUGGACAAGGGGCUAUUAGUUCUGGGGACAAUGGGGCUCACUCCCAUUCUUCUGUGAAUAUGUUGAUUGCUGUAGGUGCCAUCACUGUAGUUAUGAGUUUCCUGGGAUGUUAUGGUGCUCUAAAAGAGAAUCGCUGUAUGCUUCUUUUGUUUUUCAUAGGUUUGUUUCUGAUCCUGCUCAUGCAGUUGACAGCAGGUAUCCUAGCAGCGAAAUUCAAACCUGAGACUGAGCGUGCUCUGAAGGCAACUCUCCGCGAAAGUGCACAGCUCUUGAGUCAAACAAAUGAAGAAGGAAGAAAAUUUCAGAAAACCAUGGUUACAUUCCAAAAAGAGUUUAAAUGCUGUGGUUUGAUCAGUGGAGCUGCUGAUUGGGGACGUAAUUUUGAAGAAGCUUAUGAGUCAUGUAAAUGUUCAAGUCCAUCAGAUUCUUGUAUAACUUAUACAGGAAGAUAUGUUUAUAAACAGACAUGUGAACCAGUUAUAAGAGCCUCGGUUUCAAACCACCUUGAUAUAGUUAUUGGACUAUCAUUCGGAUUGGCAGCUGUCGAGGUACUUGGUAUGGUGUUUUCUAUGAUCCUGUUUUGCCAGAUUGAAAAAAGAUGA